CCCUAGAAAUAGUAACCUCUGUCGAGGUUUUGUUUACGCUGUGAAAUUACGUGUUUUUUUCAUUUUAUAGGACAAUCGAGAAUUCUAAGUGAAAAAAUUAUAUCAAAGUUGAUGGCGAUUAUUUCAAUUGUAAAUUUUCCUUUGGAUUUGCAUCGAAUCUCGUGUAUGUUUUCACGUAGCUACACCGACGCGAUGAUGCCGCUGGAUUUAAAUAAGCUCAAGAGAAGAACACGCCUGUCGGUCGUCGAGCGAUCUAAGAAGAAAAUAGACAGAUUCGAUGGACUGUCAGAGGAAGAAGUGCAGAAGCACACGUUGGAAGAUUAUUUGGCGAUGAAUCUGGAUAUAGUUGUUGUUGGGAUCAAUCCAAGUUUGAUGGCGGCGCAUCGUGGUAGAUAUUACGCCGGUCCUGGUAAUCACUUUUACAAGCUCCUGCAUGAAUCUGGCCUGACACCAAGAUUUGUCAGCUUCGAAGAAGACUACAAGCUCUUGCAAUACGGUAUUGGCUUGACGAAUAUCGUUACUCGUGCCACCAGGUCAGCGUCGGAUCUCAAGCGAACGGAAAUCAAGGAGGGUGCGAAGGUGGUGGAAGAAAAGCUGACACUGUACAAGCCUAAAAUCGCGGUGUUCAAUGGUAAAUGCAUCUACGAAGUAUUUGCAAAUAUCUCGAGCAAAUCCACAUUUCACUUUGGCUUACAACCCGAACGUAUCGGCGACACCGCGAUUUGGGUGACACCGUCGAGUAGCGCGCGAUGCGCCCAUUUUCCCAGAAUGGUGGACAAGCUACAUUUCUAUACAGGAUUAAAGAAGUAUCUGCAUUUUCUCAAGGGUGAGAUCACCGAUAUAGAUACAAAGGAAUUCCACUUUGAGGGAAAAUGCAAACAGGCUGUGCCCAGUACCUCCAAAAUGUGGCGACGAAAGAAUAUUUCAACUUUCUUGCACGGUGGCAGAGUCGUCAAUAAGAAUACACUUUGCCGAGAUACAUCGGAGGAAGAUAUCGCGGCAAUUCAUACGAUGGAAUUUUUAGAGAUAUUUCAUCACGAAAGGAAUAAUGAAGAUGAUGAUGUAACUGUCAAUAGAGAAGUAUGUACUCAAGAAAAUGUAAAUGAAGUAUCUAAGGAAGCUGUGGAAAAAAUUGAAGAAGAUGAGGAGACAAGAAGGUUUGUAAAUGUUAGUGAUAUCAACGAUGGGGCAAUAUUUCAUGCAUCAGAAAACAAGAAAAUCUCCGAUGUUAAUAGAGGAAAAAAUUGCAAAAAAGUCGCGGUCAAUGGUACAUUCAAUAAGAAAACUAAAGUAGGAAAGUCUAAAAACAACGAUAAAUGUACAUCUUCAAAAUUCAUCCACAGGACUCUGAGAACUCGAAGUAAUUUUACAAGUGAUAACAAAAACGAUUCACUAGAUUUUAUGAGCAUAAUUAAACAGAAAUUAUCGGAAAAAAAUAACAGUGAUACUGUGUCAAUUUCAAGACUGAACGAUACUUAAGAAAAAAAAAAACUUAUAUUUAAUAUAACAAUAAGUAUUAUUGCAUUUUGAAAACUGAUAGUAUUUUAAUGGCAUGCUCUUAUACAAUACGAAUUUCUAUAAAAUCUUUUGUUAUUAAGCUUUUGUUUUACAUGCAGAAACGAAGUAUAUAAAGGACGAAAAAAUUAAUUUCUAAAUUAGUAUUGCAUAGAAUUAAAAAUAAGAUUAAAAAUUAUCAUUACAUCUCGACAUUUAUACUAAGAAAAAAUGUUAACCUAUUGCUCAAGAAUAAUAUGUUUGGGCAUUUUGUGUAUAUGUAUGGAUAUUAUGAUUGAAAAAAUGUGUAUAUACCAAAGAU